AUGGUUGCAAACGUGUGCGUUGCACUGCUGGACUUAGAUCCGUCAGAUGGAGUUAGAUCCGAGGACUUGAAGUCCAGGGAUGCGGGGGUUGAUGCUCCAAAGGCACAGUUUCUUGGGCGCACCAGUGAAGCAACCUCGGAGCAAACAGAACUUCAGAGGUUGACGGAACUUGAGAAGCUACAAGAAGAGUUGAAGUACUGGAAGUUCCGCUAUGGCGACCUUCUGGAAAUGUAUAGUGAGCUCAGCAGCCAGCCGACCUUGAUCGAAGACCUGCCGGUUGAGAAGACCUUCAUGCCAGGCAACGUCCAGCACUGCCGAAACCAAGUGGCUGCCAUCACUCCGACACAGGGCACCAACCCUGAGUCUGCGCCGGAGAUUGAGUUUAGCAACUAUAGCUAUGUCGUGUACACUCCAGGAAGCCGCUAUGCCUCCGACCUGAUUUCAAGUCCUUUGAUGCUGCAGAUGCAACCCUGGAGACUGUGA